AUGGGCGACCGUGAAGUUGAGCUAAAAGAAACGCCUCCAGCGGCGGCCGAAGUGUCACCACCUCCUCCUCCUCCGGCAGCCUCUGCAGUGCCGCCAAGGAUGGUCGAGGAAAGUGCCGCAGAGACUGGACAAGGAGCCCCGGCUUCGGGUGGAGCUGAAAAUCUUCGCAGCGGACGAAGAGUCAGCUCGGUCGAACCGGUUAAAGGUGCUCCACCUCCGAAAAGGACUAGCGUAGUGGUGUUCGAGACGCCGGACACUCCACCACCGGAGAAGUACGUGAUCUUUGAUCUCUACUGA